AUGGCAGGUGCAGUAGUUGACAUGGUGUUAGGAAAGUUGAGUGAGUAUGCCUUGAGAGAAGUCACACUCCUCUUGAAUGUGGACGACGAGAUAGAGGUUUCUAAGAGAAAACUAAGAUUGUUAUUAUCUUUUCUCAAGGAUGUGGAUCAAACACCUAGAGAUCAGCAUAGUGAAUUGGUACAAGAGUGGGUAAACCAAAUUCGAGGUCUAGCUUAUGACAUAGAGGAUGUUGUUGACAAGUAUACAUUGCGGGUCGGUCGAUCGAGGCAAAAACGUACCCUCAAAUGUAUUGCUAACCUCCUAACCCGAAUUCUUGCUCGCCAUCAGCUUACAAAGAGCUUGCAGCGCAUCAAUAGGAAUCUUCAAGAGACAUCCAAGCACGCAUCCGAGCUUGGCAUCCAAGGCAUUCCAUCUGCAUCCUUGGCUCCCAUCAAAGACACAAAUCUUACUUUAAGAGAUGAUGUAGCAGAUGAAGUGUUUGGCUUUGACCACGAUAUCCAAGUCAUCACGGAUCAGCUAUGUGAUCUCCAUGUAACACGACGUGCCGUCAUUUCCAUCGUCGGCAUGGGUGGUUCGGGCAAAACCACACUUGCCAACAAAGUCUACAAUAGCCAAGCCGUCAAAGAUCAUUUUCAGUGUCGGGCAUGGAUAGUUGUGUCACAAUCGUAUACGGCUAGAGAACUCUUGACCAAUAUCAUGAAGCAAACUAUGAAUAUAGGCAACGGUCAAACUAGGGAAAUGGAUGAACGAGAGAUGAAGAACAAGAUCAGGGAGCAUUUAAAAGGAACAAGGUAUCUGGUGGUGAUGGAUGAUAUCUGGAAGGUUUCAGAUUGGGAAACAAUCAAGACAGCCUUUCCCGAAGAAUUCACAGCAUCGCGAGUACUGCUCACCACACGUAAAAUGGAUGUUGCCGAAACUGCAGAUCCGGACAGGCCUCCGCACCAUCUCAAACUUCUCGAGUCGGAGGAAAGUUGGAAUUUGUUCAGCAAAAAAUCAUUUUCUAAUGCAUGUUGCCCACCUCAUUUGCAGCAUUUGCAGGAUAAAAUCAUCCAAAAAUGUGGCGGAUUACCUCUGGCGAUCAUGGUUUUAGCCGGGCUGCUACGGAGUAAGCAUGGAGCUUAUGAGUGGAGCCAAACUUUGGAACGUAUUUCACAUGUACCUAACAAAACCGAUGAUCAAACUCACAAAAUAUUAGCUCUCAGUUACAAUGAUCUACCUCAUCAUCUCAAGUCUUGCUUUCUUUAUUUUGCUGCAUUCCCCGAGGACUACGACAUCGACGCUGAUAGGUUGAUGCGUUUAUGGAUUGCCGAGGGUUUCGUAGGGUCAGACCUGGAGGGUCAAAUAAUGGAGGACCUGGCAGAGACGUAUUUGACAGAGCUGAUUAAUAGGUGCAUGAUACAGUUGGUAGAAAGGGAUUCGGCUGGGGGUGUGGGAUCCAUUCGAAUCCAUGAUUUGCUGUUAGACGUGGCUCGUUAUGAAGCUACUGAACUCAACUUCUGCAGAUCCAGUAGCUGCAGAUCCAUUAGCGACAUACGCGGUCCAACUGAUCUACGACGUCUUAGUGUCACAGAUGAUGAAGGUGUGCAUCAAUAUAUAUCACUCAAUUUCUCUGUCCCUAAACUGCGAUCGUUUCUUUUCCUUCUUAAAUAUGGUGUCGUUAUGCCAAGCAACUUUAUGAUUCAUCGAUUCAAGUUUCUCAGGGUGUUGGACCUCCAGAGUGUAUUUAUUAGAAGCUUGCCAAGUGAGAUCGGAGACUUGAUCCUAUUGAGGUACUUAAACCUGUCAUCAGAUGUAGAGGAAUUGCCAUCAUCUAUUGGAAAUCUCUGCAAUCUACAGACCUUUAUCUCCUUUGGUCAUAAUUUUAGGAUACCAAGUUCAUUUUGGAAGAUACAAACUCUAAGAUAUUUCAUGGUUGAUUCACCGAUUGAGCCAAAAGCAGGAUGCUGCCUGAAAGAUAUGCAUACACUGUUGCAAGUUCAAAGUGGGGAAUGGGUGCGGGAUGGUAGCUUGGAGAGAAUGAGAAAUCUUCGACGCUUGGUCUUGUUAGAAAUAUCAAGAUCGGAUGUGGAAGGUUUGGCCAAUGCUAUCGGGAGAUUAAACCGACUUGUUUGGUUGUACGUGGUGGGAGAAGUGUUGCCAGCAAAUAUACUGUGUUCAUCUAAUCACCCUCACCUUCGAUACUUACAAUUUAGGGGACCAUUGAAGAGGCUUCAUAUGGACAAUAUCCACCACGACGCUCCAUUUCUUCCGAACUUGGCAAUUCUUAUUCUUGAUGGGACAAGGUUGGAGAGUGGUGAUGUUUCUUCCAUACUCGUAACACUGCCUAACCUCGAACGUCUUACUUUGGAAGAUGAAGCAGUCGUGGGGAGAGUUUUGGUGUUUCCCAAGGGUGGCUUCCCCCGGCUGCGAUAUUUGUCUCUUGGGACAUUACAAGACUUGGAGGAGUGGAGGGUGGAAGAGGGGGCGAUGCCUUGCCUCAGAGAAGUACGUCUUUGGUACUGCUCCAACAUGAGAAUGCUUCCGGAGGGACUGCGAGGACUCACCCAACUGAAGCUAUUUGAACUGCAUGGAAUGCAAGUUAUCCAGAGAAGGAUACAGAAGGAUAUUGGGGAGGAUUAUUACAAGAUCCAGCACGUGCCUUCCAUUAAAAUACAGGACUAACUGGUGAAACAAGAAUGCUUUAACUCAUGGAAAGGAAACAAUACCAUUCGCCUCAGUGCGAACGGUGUUCAUCAGACACGAUGGUCGGUCGGAUACAGCAAUUAUGU